AGGCAUACAGCAGAGGCCCAUGUUCUUAUGUGACGGGGUCCUGUUGGGCAAAUGGUAAACGGGCAGUUGGUUGACUUUCAACACAUGACGGGGAACUGAUCUGCAACGCUACGCACUUUAAUGGAUUGAUAGACACGUUACAUCUUAUUUUAAAGAGCAUGAAUUUCGUCAGAUCUCGGAUUUCCAUUGGCAAUUUAAUAGGUCAGAGGUGCAGACAUGUCACUGAAACAUGGAACCAUAGAGGGAUGUGCAAUAAACCACAGGAGACCAAAGCAGAGGCUCCUGCAGCUCCAGCACACGCACCUCGUGCCGCAUUCAGACUCCCAGGCUACAGACCCUCAAAUAUGGACAAGAAGAUGCUGGUCUGGUCUGGACGCUUUAAGACAGCAGACCAGAUACCAGACCUUGUAUCGUUUGAGAUGAUUGAUGCAGCCAGAAACAAAAUCAGAGUGAAAGCCUGCUAUGUGAUGAUGGCGACCACAAUAGCUUCCUGCCUGUUGAUGGUGUUCCUGGGCAAACGGGCUGUAGGCAGGCAUGAGUCCCUGACAGGCCAAAACAUGGAGAAGAAAGCUAGAUGGAGGGAGGAACUACAAAGAGAGAAGGAAGCUGCUAUUGCCCUGUCUGAGAAGGCUCAGUGAUGGAAGACAACUAGUCCCUGCACAACCCCCUCCCAAUAUUGGGUGAAUAGAGUCCCAUUCUAACUGUGUAUCAUAACAUCAGAGCUCCCCACUCCCAUCUUAGAACGCCAUCAAAAGAUAGAGCAGUUAAUACUUCAUAG